GGUGCAGCCUCCCGUGGCCUCCGGGUCCUUUGUUCGUGCAACGCACGGGGGGCGUGCGAGGGCCGGCGCGGUGCCUUCCUGCGCGGAUACUCGCUGCGGGUUCUGGCAGAGCCCGGUUUAGUGGAGGAGCGUUCGGUUUGCUCUUGAGUUUUGCUGUCGGCUGCGCUGCCGCUGUCUGCAUCAUCCCCCGGGUGUUUUUACUGACGAUUAGUGCAUGGCUAACAGUAAGAGUUGUUAUAAGUAUCGUAUAUCUGCUACUUACAGAUGCUAACUGAAAAUGAGUAAGGACAAGCACAUUGAUGAAGACGAUGAUGACAGCGAGCAGUUUGAAGACUUCACGGAGAAUUUUAACCAACUGGAACUGCUGGAGACGCACAGGCAUUUAAUUCCCGUAGGAACUCAGAGCUGUUGGUCGGGACAGUCUGAUGAUGACGAUGAUGAACAAGAAAGAAGUGAGGAAUGGUACGAAAUGCAAGAAAAAAAGAUGGAAAAAAAUCCAGAGAAAUUGCUACUCUGGGCAGCUGAAAAUAAUCGGCUGAGUACAGUGAGGAGGCUCCUUUCCGAAAAGCUGGCUCCAGUUAAUGCUCGUGAUGAAGAUCAGUACACUCCUCUCCAUCGAGCUGCCUACAGCGGGCACUUGGACAUUGCACACGAGUUGGUUGCCCAAGGGGCAGACGUUCACGCACAGACAGUGGACGGCUGGACGCCUCUGCACAGCGCCUGUAAGUGGAACAAUACAAGAGUGGCUGCAUUCUUACUUCAGCAGGGUGCAGACAUCAACGCGCAGACAAAUGGCUUGCUGACGCCGUUGCACAUUGCUGCAGGAAACAAGAACAGUAGAGAAACCCUUGAACUCUUGCUGAUGAAUCGCUACGUGAAGCCAGACCUGAAAAACAACCUGGAUGAAACAGCCCUUGACAUUGCCAGGAGGACUGAUAUAUAUCACUACCUUUUUGAAAUAGUAGAAGACUGCAUAAACGCGGUGUCCCCUUAAAAGCUGUGGUUAAGCUUGUGAGUGUGAGGUUUGCUGCCUCUGGGUUGUGUUCUGCAUGCUCGUCAGUGGUGGUCUGUCCCUUUGCAAAGAGGCUUUCAUUUAAGAUACUUCAGUAUUCUCCUCGGGCAAAAUGUCGCUUCUUGCAGCUCAGCUCGGUGGUCUCGCUCGUGCCUUGAAGCGUCACUGCUGUUACUCAAGGUAUUCAGAAAGUCUCAGUAAUUUCAGUGAAUCUCCAUUUAAUUAGUGCAGAUUUGGAGGGGCUUCUGUAAUUGGUCUGCACUGUCAAAGCAGGAGGGGAAACUGGAGUAUUUACGUGAUGUGAAAGAAUUCUGGCUUGAUUACGUAGUAUUACCGUUCACUUGAAAAUUAUUUUUUGAGAAAUUUAACUUUUUUAAAACUGCAUGAAAGCUCAGAAUGAAUGUAACUUAUUUGGGUGAUACACAAAAUGUUUAGUGAUCCCGGUGUAGGGCUUGUUAUAAAAUAAAAUAUUUAACCCUAAGUAUUUUGUUGGCAGAUUUUUAAUGAAAAGCUCAAAUUCCUGAUGCAAUCACCUGCUCAUAAAUCAAAAGUGUUAUUCAUAGGAUGAUAAAGUAGUUUCAGUUUAUUUUUUUCCUGGUACUUUUCAACUAACUGACUUUCUAUGGAGAUCCUGUUUGCUUUUUCCUUGCAAAUUAAGUUGAGGAGUAAAGGUUUAAUGCCAUGGAUAUGGCAUUAGUUAGAACAAGUAAACUUCAACUGAAUGAGGAUAAACGGCCAACAUGCUGUUGUGUCUGAUUUAGUUACAGCUGGUUUAGCGCAGGACACAGCAGUGUUUCUCUUCCACUUGUGAAUCCCUGAAAGGAAUUCCUCAUUCCAACUCAAAUACUAGGAUACCACCAUAGUUCAAAAACUUUACUUGUAUUUUUCAUCCAAAUUCCUUAAUUUCCAGACCAUUUGUUUAUUUUCUUAUUUGACACCUUUAUAAUUUGUGACAGCUUGUAUUACUAAUCCUGGGCUUUUACAUCCGAGUCAGGCUUCCAAAAGUUCUGACAGACUUGACUGCUGUCAUUUAACCAAACUCAGGGUGGUGGGAGUGGGCCGGUUGGUUUGUUUCUUAAGAUUUUGAGGCCUCUAGUACAUGCUUUGUGCAGGUUCUCUUUGCAGUCACGCCAGCUAGCAUCUCACUGGUUCAUGGUGAAGAUUUGGGACCCUUCACCUGAGGUGUUCUUA